AUGCUGCGGCCGGAGCCGCUCUGCCUCCUCCUCCUCCUCCUCCUCCUCCCCCCGCACGGUGCCCGGGCGCCCCCCCCGGCUCCUCCGCCCACCCCGGGCCCGAGCAACGCCACGGGCGCCACCCGGGCGGCCGCGGGUAACGGGACGCGGCCGAGCCCCUCGCUGGAGCCGCGGCGGGCGCCGGGCUUGGGGCUGCUGCCGGGCGCGGGGCUGCCGGUGCUGAAGCGGGCGGUCUAUGUGCUGAGCGCGCUCUCGGCCAUAGCCGCGCUCUACUUCCUGCUGCGGGCGUGCCGGUCACAGGGACCCAAAAACCAGCGAAAAACUCAUUUCAGGUUGAAGAAACCCCAGCGGAGGAAAUACGGGCUCCUGUCGAGCCAUGACGAGAACACGGAGAUGGCCUCGCUCGACAGCGACGAGGACACGGUGUUUGAGAUGAGGAACCUGCGGCGGUAA